AUGGGCAACAAGCACAGUAUCAUUCCUGGCGACGAGCCGUUCGACUUCGCCACGUUCAAGCCCACGUGGAUGCCCCACAAGUAUCUCGUUGCUCCAACCAGCCUCUGCACCAACGCGUCGCCGAACCAAGUCGCGGACGUGUACGAGGGCGUGUCGCCGAGCUCCCUGAGGGACGCGUGGAAGAGCAUGAUCGCGAAGCAGCCGCGCACGACGGAGGAGAAGUCCUUCCCGGACGUGGAGCAGUACUGUUUCAUACAGCGCAGCGCGAAGAUGGAGUUUCCGGACGACAUAAUCGUGCAGUUCUUCGACGCGCAGCGCUUCUCGCCGGACGCCCCCGCGGGCUCGUCGACGCUGGCGGUGUACAGUUGCAGCGAGAUGGGUGUGGGCGACAUGGGCGUCAACAAGCACCGCGUGAAGACGUGGCUCGCGGCGCUCAAGGACGAGCUCGGCGCCGGGCCGGUGCCCGCGGCCGCGUGA